CAUACCUUCUAUUCUUCUCUCAUUGCUCCCCCCAAACAUUGUCAAAAUGGUUUCUCUAACAGCAAUCGCCGCGUCAAACAAUAGGCAACGGAUCUAUUCGCAAGCAAUCGGGGUCGCAUAACGGGCGACAAUCUGCCACUUGCCGAAAGCCUACAUAUACGCUGUUCACGAUCACAUUGCUAUUAAAGGCAACAGAUACACCGCCAAAUAGCCCCAAGCCGAACCAAAUACCAAAAAUACCGAUGCGCGCCGUACUAUUUUAAUCAAGCAAGAUGGACUCGUAUUCGUACCGCGACAGCUCCGCGCGUUCACCUCCUGAGCGUGGUUGGAGCAGCCGUGACGACCGGGGGAAAGAUGAAGCCCGCGAUAGCUUCUAUCGUGGUCGUUCGCCUGGCCAUGACCGUAACCGUCGCAACCGAUCACGCUCACCAUUGCCAGUUGACCGUUACGAACCUAGGGCUCGUGGCAGCAGGGAUGAUUAUGCCGGCACGCGCGAUCGAGAAGAACGACGUCGUAUCAAUUCACCCCCAGCAAAUAUCGAUCGAUAUGUCCCUGGUCAAACUGCCGCCCAGCCACCUCAGCCAACUGUUAACCCAUUGACUGAUCCUGUCAAACUGCCUUUCCAGGUAGGAUUUUCCUAUUUUGGUGAGUGGUGGAGAGCAAAUGAGAAAAUUAAGGAAGAAAAAGAACGUGCUCGUACAGGUAGAAGGCGCGAGCCUGAACGCCCUCGUGGCCGUGAGACUCAAGAGGAUCGAGACAAGGAAAAGGCAAAAAUCCAGGCUGCAUACGAUGCGUAUAAAGAAGAACUCCAAGCAAAGAUGGCUAGAACUUUCGUUGCCGAACACAAGAAAGAACAAUGGUUCCGUGAACGUUAUGUCCCUGAGGUUCGAGAUACGCUUCGAAGGCAAAUCAACGAAUUCCGCCGUGGCGCGUACAGCCAGUGGGAACAGGAUCUAGAGUCAGGCACCUUCGAUGAAUUCUCUUUAGAAGGCAUUCCGAAGAGCGAGAGCAAUGGAGCUGGUGGAGUUGUUGAGAAGGAAGAAGGUGAGGCCACAGCGGCGAACGAAGUCCUCGGAGUUGGUGACUUGGUUCCUGCGAACGGUAGUGAUCUCCGAGACGAAAACUUGUAUCAGCCUACUCUUCUGAUCAAAACCAUUGCUCCUCACGUCAGCCGUCAAAAUUUGGAGUCAUUCUGUAAAGAGCACCUUGGAGAGGAAGAAGGCGGGUUCAAAUGGCUAUCCCUCAGUGACCCAAAUCCUAGUAAGAGAUAUCACCGUAUGGGAUGGGUUAUGUUGCAUCCUUCAUCUGAAACGGCAGCGCCUAUCGAACGUGCCGAUCCAAAGGAUGAGGAUGACGGCAUGGACACUAAAGUUGAGUCGCCUGUAGCUACAUCCACCGCUGAUAAAGCUCUUGAGGCAAUCAACGGAAAGACUGUGAAGGAUGAAGUUCGGGGUGACUUCGUAUGCCAUGUUGGUGUCCACAAUCCACCCUCCAACCCUCGCAAAAAGGCGUUGUGGGAUUUAUUUUCUGCUCCGGAGAGGAUUGAGAAAGAUCUUACCCUUGCCCAACGACUCGUCAACAAGUUCGAGGAAGACUUUGGCUCAGAUUUUAAUGCCACUCUUAAGAUUGAGGAAAGAGUAGAAACUCUACGUAGCGCCGGAAGUCUACAACCAGCCAUCCCCGUAGCGACAGCUAAGAAGGUCAAGAAGGAACGUAACCUUGACUUCGAUGAUGCAAUGGAUGAGGGAGAAGAAGGCGAAAUGGGCGAGUCCGACGAGGAGGGAGCCGUAGACGAUGAAGUCGACGAUGAAGAUCUUCUAGUGAAGAAGAAACAACUCGAUCUUAUGAUCGAGUAUCUUCGUCGAGUCUUCAAUUUCUGCUUCUUCUGUGUUUUCGAGAGCGACUCUAUUCACGAGUUAACUAGGAAGUGUCCCGGCGGCCAUCUUCGUCGACCUCGAAGCACUCUCUCGUCAUCGGCUAAGAACGUUGCUCGAGCCAGUGCUAGUGGAGACCCAUUCCCUUCAAAGAAGCCCAAGGAAGCCAAGGAAGAAGAAGAAGGUGAAGCACCUGAGCCAGAUCGCAAGUUCCGCAAUGUCUCUAAAUCCGAGCAACAACUUGAACGUGCUUAUAAGUGGGUAAAGACAUUCGAGGACAAGAUCACACAAAUCCUCGAGCCCGAAACAGUAGAUAUCCGAAAGUUGGGCGGCAAGCCGACUGAAGAUGCCCUAAACGAUGAACUAUCCAAGUUCGUCAAGCAAGAAGAUGAGCAUAAGUGGAGAUGUAAGGUUCCCGAGUGUACAAAGCUCUUCAAGGAAGAUCACUUCUGGAAGAAGCACGUUGAAAAGCGCCACACUGAGUGGCUAGACACUAUGAAGCAAGAGUUUGAUCUCAUCAAUGCCUACGUGCUGGACCCUGCUCACAUAGCGCCAUCGAGAACGGAUGCCAAUAGCAAUGGUCAUUUCCCGCCUUCGAACGGUCAGACACAGCAGGGUACUCCCCGAGGUUUCAACCUACAGAAUUUUACCAUGAAUAAUAUGGUUCCGCCAUUCCCCGGCUUCCCUGGAGCUCUUCCUCAACUACCACUAUUCGCCGGCAACCACGCUGGUGGCGUGCAAGCGGCUGGAUGGAGCGCGGGAGGUGAAGAGCGUGGCACCGGCCCGGUCCGUCGCGGUGGUGCUAAUGCUGGUAGAUUCCAAAACCGUACUGGUCCGUACGAUCGCCGCCAACAACAGGGACGUUGGGGCCAGGACGGCCAGGGCGCAGGCCGAGGAAGAGGUGGUGCUGGUCGAUGGGGUGACGGCGCCGCUGGUGGAGCGGCGGUUGGUCCUCGUGAGGCCGUUCAAGGCCGUAGUCUAAAGAGUUACGAGGAUCUCGACCACGUUGCAGGCGGUGGAGGUGGUGAACUCAACUACUAAGCUUCCCGCAACAAUUGCAACUGGGCUGAAAAUUUAAAAACGCAUCUAAUC